UUUUUCAUGGCUAAUGUCGCGAUAACUUCCUGCUCUCAUGGCAAAAAUGUAAAGUAAUAAUUCUGUAAGCGCCGCUGAAGCAGCUCCGCAGUAAACGUCCCAUUCGGAACCAGGCCAACUGAGGUAAGCGUGCUCUUGCUUGAUUUGUGCAGACUGUUUGAUGAAGUUGCAGAAAGUCUUGAGCUUCGUCACAGCGGAGCCAGUUUGCAGCUGUUGGCAGCGACCACUAGCAUGUUUCUACAGCUACUGUAAGUUAACGUUUUAACAGCGUCAGUGUCUACAGCUAAUGCAGACGAGAGCGCCAUAAUUGUGUAUGAUAAUAAUAUAGCAUAGUAGUAUUCUAGUAUAAUAUUUGCCUAGUGUACUUCGCUGUGCACUGUGUUGCGCAUGCGUAGGAGGGUGCCAUGAAGGUAAAGGUGAUCUCCAUCCUGGAAGACAACUACAUGUACUUGGUGAUAGAGGAGCAGAGUAAACUCGCCAUCGCCGUGGAUCCUGCUGUUCCUCACAGGUUGCUAGAAAUAGUGAAGAGAGAGGACUUGACUCUGACAGCUAUUCUCACCACACACCAUCACUGGGACCACGCUCGGGGCAAUGAAGCUUUGCUAAAGGAUGUACCUGGUUUAAGAGUUUAUGGAGGGGAUGAUCGGAUUGGAGGUUUGACGGAUAAAGUCUCCAACAGUCAGGAACUGAAGUUUAACUCCAUCAAUGUGAGGUGCCUGUUUACGCCCUGCCAUACCUCUGGCCACAUGUGCUACUUUGUUUGGGAGGAUGAGUGCACUGAUGCCCCUGCUGUGUUCACAGGGGAUACACUUUUUAUUGGUGGAUGUGGGCGAUUUCUUGAGGGAACGGCAGAACAGAUGUACCACAAUCUUACCAAAGUGCUGGGAUCUCUACCACAAGACACGAAGGUGUUUUGUGGACAUGAAUACACCAUUAAGAAUCUGAAGUUUGCGAUGCUGGUGGAACCAGAGAACGAGAAGGUUAAAGAGAUGUUGAGCUGGGCGAGGGCAAGAGAUGAUGAUGACAAACCCACGGUGCCAUCUACCCUAAUGGAGGAAUUUGAAUACAACCCUUUUCUGCGCUUGUCGGAGGAAGGUGUGCAAAAGUUCACAGGGAAGACGGACCCGAUCGAGGUGCUGAGGGCCCUGCGGAAGGAGAAGGACAAAUUUAAGAAGCCCAAGGAGAGACUUCCUCCUCAUGCCCUGUUGGCUUUAGAGUGGGGGCUUCUCAGACCCUGACAGCUGGUUUAAGAUCUCUGAACACAAAGGAACAAGACACACAACUGUAGAGUGUGGUGUUUGCUGCUUUUACCUUACAUUUGACCCAGUUGCUGGGUCUGGAUGAUUCUCAAAGGACCUACAUUAAUUACAAAACACUGCAUUAUUGACAAGUGUGAAGCUGCUUUAAUCAAACGCUACAUAAGUAGAUGCUGCUAUGCAGAAACUCACUGUAGCCUCACUGCUAACAGCUAUUUUACCUGAAAAAACUUAACAUGUAAAUUUUUGUCUGACUGGUUUUGGGACAGACAUUGUUUUGAUUUUCUUGACUUAUUUCUGUUAUGUUUAUUUCCCCUUUUGUCAGUGUUCAUUUUCUGCCUACAUGUAGCUUUUACUUAUUGACAUUGUGAACACAGAUCCUUACUUUGUAUAACCUUCAACACUAAUCAGAGUGAAGAUUAGCCAAUAAAACAUGUCAGCCUAAAUCUAUGUUCUGUGGACAUUUAAAAUAGAUCUUAAACACAUGAUUGUAAUUAAUCAUUUGUUUAUUCCAUGUCUAUAAAUGUGCACAUACAGUACAUACAAAUAAAAUCACAAAUAAAUAGGAAAGCUAUUAUUCUGUUUAAUUUUUAAUGUACAUUUUUAGGUGUCAAGUAAAUUAUUGCCAUGUAUAUAUGAGAAAUGAGAAAAUGCUGAUCAUGAGAAAGGAUGAUCAAUAUUGUAAGAUUGUCAUUAUCACAAACGGUGACCUAUUUUGAUAGUUCUAAAGUUGGUGUUUGCUGAAUGAAAAAAAUAAAACUUUAAAAUCAUGCUGCCACAACACAGCCAUCACCACUUCA